AUGAAGAAACGUGGAAAGUAUCUAACUAGAGGUUCUCUGCCGGUGAUUAGCCUUGCUUCCACUACGGAGAUCAUUCCCUCAACGUAUCUGCCUGCUCUACAUGACUCCUGUCUCUUCCCCUCUGCUCCGCUCGGUAGAUGCCAUGCACACAUUCUGCUGCAUUCCACCUUCGCUAUGAGCUCCAGUCUCGAGGCGAAGAUCGUUGUCCUGGGUGCCCAAGGUGUUGGGAAGACAUCCCUCGUCCAACGUUAUGUGAGAAAUGCCUUUAAUCCGGCUACAACCACUUCCACGGUCGGUGCCUCCUUCGUCACUAAACGCGUCCUUGACACAACCUCGGACACUCUCGUCCGUCUGCAGAUCUGGGACACCGCCGGCCAGGAACGUUUCCGCAGUAUCUCCCGCCUCUAUUACCGGGGGGCUAACGCCGGCCUGCUAUGUUACGACAUCACAGACGAGAGUAGCUUUCAGGAAAUGACCGGCUGGCUAGUUGAGCUGAAACAGAACCUGGGUGAAGACUCCCCCAUCGUCAUCCACGUCGUAGGCACCAAAUCGGAUAUCGUAGCGCAUGACCCUAACCUACGCCAGGUCCCCUUUGAACGCACCAUCGCGUACGUUGCGGAACAACUUUACCCAUCCCAAGCAUCCACCCCACCUCCCAGCUCCGGCCUGGGCAUCUCCAGCAGCUCCGCCUUCGGAACCUCAAACCCAAUCUACAACCCAGGUGCAGAGAGCAAGCGAAGUAGCGGCUUCUGGGGCCAGGAUAUUGGUUGGGACUGCUGCCACGAGAUCAGCGCCAAGGACGGCGAGGGGAUCGAGGAGGUCUUCCGUGUCAUCACCCCGCAAGCUUGUCGAGCAGCGGAAUAA